GACGACUUCCGGCGGCUUCUCUCGCGGGGAUUGGCUGUUGGCGGCGUUGAGUCUAAGCUCGUGUGCGGUGGCGGUGUCGGCAGCGGCUGCAGUGAAGGAGUUUGGCGCGAUGUCUCAUACCAUCUUGCUGGUACAGCCUACCAAGAGGCCAGAAGGCAGAACUUACGCUGACUAUGAAUCUGUGAAUGAGUGCAUGGAAGGUGUUUGUAAAAUGUAUGAAGAACAUCUGAAGAGAAUGAAUCCCAACAGUCCCUCUAUCACAUAUGAUAUCAGUCAGUUGUUUGAUUUUAUUGAUGAUCUGGCAGACCUCAGCUGCCUUGUUUACCGAGCUGAUACCCAGACAUACCAACCUUACAACAAAGACUGGAUUAAAGAGAAGAUCUACGUGCUUCUUCGUCGGCAGGCCCAACAGGCUGGGAAAUAGUUGAGUUGGAAGCAUUAGGAGGGUGGGGGUGGACUUGGAACACAGGUGUGUACAGCGUGCCGUAGUAGAAAUUUUGUACUAUAGUAGUCCUGUUUCCAUUUUGUUACACUCUAGCCAGGAUUGACUGUAUGAGAUGAAAUGUGAAGAUCUUGUUCAAUCUGAAACCCCUGUUGCCCCCUCUUUUCCCUUUUUUUUUUUUUUACUUAAACAUUUUUAUGAUGAUUUAGAUGAAAGUUGUUCUUUGUCAGUUAACGUUGGUUCCAAUCCUGCAAGCUGUUUCUAUCUGCUUUAUAACAUUCACUGAACUAACCUUUCUGCAAGAUUGGGUGGGGAGUGGUGACAAAGUUUAGUUAUGUCCUCAAGAUAAAGUCUUAGUAAGAAAUAAAUAAAUGCUCUUUAGUUAUAUUUUC